AUGGCGGCUGAUUUUCGGGGCCGGUCGCAUUGUGAAGUGCUCCAGAUUCCGUGCAUUCUUACAGCCAUUAUAAAUGUUACACCCACACAAACAGAUGUUCAAGGCUUCAUAGAAAUUCCACAGCAUAGCCCAAUAGCUAUUUCAGAAGCUUCUCAAGUUUCGGUACAGACACUGAGAGCUAUAGCAGAUGAUGUGCCGGAGCAGAGCUUGCUGACUGUUGAUCCUCUAGUUGCCGAAGACCCAGACAAUGGUUGGACAAGGGACUCGCCUGCUGGCAUGGAUAAAGGCGAUAACUUCAACGAACAGCCCAGCGCCAGCAUUGCCAAGAGGAAACCUAAACAACACCCAAACAGCACUGGAAACUCCAGCAAUAGGACAAAGCACUCGAGUGAUCAGGAUCAAGGAACAGGAACAUGCAGCGCCCCUGGUAACCAAAGCCAGAGUCCCACCAAGGUUCAAGAAAAUGAAUCUCUAAGCACACCUUGCUACAAUUUGCAAAGAAAUAGACCCGGUAUAGUUAUACCACAACCAGCAACAGUAAAUAACUUCAAAACCAAGGCCCCUAACGUGUGUGAACUGGGAAAUAAGAAUGCAUUGAAUGCAGCUGACUUGAAGCAAGAUGGGAGCAAAAUGGCCAACAGCAGCAAGUUUAAGCACAAAAGGACGCGCCCGCCAUCACCGAGCUCCAGCUCUUCAUGCGGUUCCCAGAAAGGGGGCGGGCCUAAGCUAUUGCCAUCAAUCUCUCAGGACUUGUGGGGCUCUAGAGAUUUCCAGAGACCACGGAAACCUUCCAGCAGCUUCACAAACCGAGCCUUUCCCGAGCCAGCUUCCUCCAGGAGCGAAACCAAUGAGCAGCGAUUCAUGAGAGAGGUGUUUCCUGAACUUGUCAAGAAAAACAGUGUCUGGGCCAGGUCGGCAACGAGUUUCACGCAAGAUAACUUCAGAUCCUUUCCGAGCCCUCAGACACCCAGGAAGAGCCCACUUGCAGUGCCUGCUGAAUCAAGGCCUGAUGGGCCUAAUGCUCAUCAUGAAGUAGCAGCCGUGCAAAAGAAAAGCCUUUGGUCUGCACCAAAAGUUUUGCGCUCUCAGGGUUUCGAAAGUAAUGAGGGAGUUAGGCUAACAGAGAAGAGCAAGAUUAAGGCAGUAAGUGCUUUAAAGUGUGGGACCGGUUUAAAGCUGGAACGUGCAGAAGUUGCAAAGGAUUUUGAGGAAUUGCAAGGCAGAUCAGUUUUACCGGCUACUGGAGAUGCGGCGUCUGUGCGCUGUGAAACUCCGGAAAACCUCAGAGCUGAAAAUGAGCCUUUUGAAUUGCCGAGAAAGAAGCUGCGUGCAUCAAAGGCCUCGUUAGCGAUCGACUCUCGCCUGGAAACUGUAAAACCCUGGAGAAAUUUUUGGCACAUCCCAGGGAGAUCUUUGAACAAAACCACUGAGCAUGACAAACGUCCAGUAGCUGGAUCGAAAGUUGCUAAAGAAAACGCACUUCAGGGAGAUCCUGAAGCGAUCGACUCUCGCCUGGAAACUGUAAAACCCUGGAUAAAUUUUUGGCACAUCCCAGGGAGAUCUUUGAACAAAACCACUGGGCAUGACAAACGUCCAGUAGCUGGAUCGAAAGUUGCUAAAGAAAACGCACUUCAGGGAGAUCCUAAAGCGAUCGACUCUCGCCUGGAAACUGUAAAACCUAGGAGCAAUUUUUGGCACAUCCCAGGGAGGUCUUUGAACAAAACCACUGGGCAUGACAAAAGACCAGUAGCUGGAUCGAAAGUUGCUAAAGAAAAAGCACUUCCUGAGCCACCUGCAACUAGCGCAGAGCUCUCGUACAGCACAGAUGAAGAAAAUAUUUCUUGGGUCGAGUCACUCUGGAGGCAAAGGCAGGCCGCACUGAGGUCCAGAAAAGUUCCACGUACUUAUCCCAGCCACAAGGUCUCGAAGCCACCUGCACUUGAAAAGAAAUCCAAUGCACCCAUUGAACCCCCUAAAGGCGGUCUUGAUCACAAAGCCAAGCAUGCCGGUGUACAGACAUAUGACGUUCAACAGGAAGUCGAGGAUGCCAUCGUACCGAGAUCUCUGAUGGGCAUGAUUGGAAAGAGCAUCAGCUUGAACAAAACAGGAAAAAAGCGCUUGCGUAAAGCAUUUCACGCCAAGGAGGAGGAAGUGCAGUUCAUGGACUUGUCCCUGAAACAAGCCCUCGGCACUGGCGCUAUUACCUUUGGCCACUAUUUUUCUACUGACACUACUACCCUUGGUGUUAUGAGACUAGGCCCAAGGUCUGAAAAGACAUUGUCUGCGAACAAUGAUCAUGACAUGUUUCUUUAUGCUGUUGACACUGGAGUGAAAAUAACCACAUUAGGAGGUACUUGGAUGCUUCUCCCAAAAGGAUCCACUUUCUACAUCAAAAGAGGCCUACCAUUUUCGCUGAAAAAUCUCAGUGAGACAAUGGUAAAGAUUGUUUGUGUACUCACAAAGCCGUCCAUGGCUGAUGCAGUGCCGUGAUUUUUUAUGGACAUCUUAUGGAAAUAUUGUGAACACCAUAAUUUUUAUUGUAUUCUUGUACUUGCAAAAUUUUGUGAAUACAUUUUCUUUUAAAACUUCUUAAAGGCAUUUUUUCUUAAUAUUUCAAAGUUGUCGCUCCUGAUUUUUAGUUUUCACUAUUUCGUAUAUGUAAAGGCAUGCUCUGUGCAGUAUUUAGGGGUGUGUGAAUAUUCGAAACUGAAACUAUUGAGUAACAAAUUGAAUACGUAUUGCACUAUAUUUGAUUCGGUCUUCGAAUUGAAUAGUCACUAUAUUCGUAAAUACGAUGUUUUUCCAAUAUAGUUUUCAAAUUCUUGAAAUACCAACUAUCCGAUAAUUUCAACCCAACGGCCAUGACCGACAUAAAACAUGUGAAGUUACGCAGUGGAGCAUACUAUACUCACUCGGGUAGCCAUACUUUUUUGGCUAUCGUUCACACUCACCAAUAAGUCCUGAGCAUGCAAAUAAACUGCCUGAUUUCUUCUAAUGCUCCGUUUGUGCUUUUAAUAAAGAACGCUUCAUAACUUGCAUUCUCGUGGCAGGAAGUUGCUAAUUUUGUGAAUAUUUUAGGAAAUGAAGAUUGAUAAUGAGAACAACUGUUCAUUAUUUGUAAACUACUCAAAAAGUAUUCUAUAUUUGAUAAUUCAAUUUGCUUCUGGCACUAUUUUAAUUAUACUCUAUUUGGUCUCGGAAAUUGAUAUUCACACCCCCCCCUAUCAACAUUGUCUCGAGCCAAGUGUACAAAUAUUUAACUUGCAUGCUGUGUACAUAGUUCCUGCUGCACUAUUGUGCCUAAAGUUGAAUGUGUUGCUUGCUUAAAUGUCUUAAGAAUGAAUUCAUCAUACCAUGAAAUAGUACAUAUACUGUAACUGUUUCUUUGAAUUAAAAAGAAAUUCACA